UGAGAGCUAUUUUGCUUUUUUUUUCCCUACCAACCACUGCCUUAACUAUCCUUCUUCUCUCGAGAAUUCCCCGACUCCCCGAUCCCUUGCUUGCCUCCUCCUCUCUCUACACCGGCGACCGGCAAUCGGCGGCGACCGAUGGGGUGGGCGACUCGGUUCCUGGCGGCGGUGUGCUUCUUCGCCGCGGGUGUCCUCUUCGUCCCCGACGCCCUCCUUGGCUCCCCCUCCGGCGCCGGCGCCGGCGCCGUCACCGCCGCCAAGCUGGCCCACCUCCUCUCCUUCGCCACCUCCUGGGGCGCCGCCCUCUGGGCCACCUUCAUCGGCGGCAUCAUCAUGUUCAAGAACCUGCCGAGGCACCAGUUCGGGAACCUGCAGAGCAAGAUGUUCCCGGCCUACUUCACGCUCAUCUCCGCCUGCGCCGCCAUCUCCGUCGCCGCCUUCGCGUACCUCCACCCGUGGAAGACAGCGUCGGCCGUGGAGCGCUACCAGCUCGGGUUCCUCGUCUCUGCGCUCGGCUGCAACCUCUCUAACCUGCUGGUCUUCACCCCCAUGACCAUCGAGAUGAUGAUGAAGAGGCACAAGAUCGAGCGGGACCUGAAUAUCGGCGAGGAGGUGGGGUGGUCGAAGAACCAACAGGUGGCCAAGAGCAACCCUACCCUCGCCGCGAUGAACAAGAAGUUUGGGAUGAUCCACGGUCUGUCGUCACUGGCCAACAUCAUGGCGUUCGGCAGCCUGGCCAUGCACUCAUGGUACCUCGCCAGCAAGCUCGAGCUGUGAAGGGGAGCGGUGAAUCUGGUCGCGACAUGGCGUUCGUUCUACACGUCAUGUUACGAGAUUGCAAACAGAGUACAUCGUACUAUCACUUCACAGGAGUUCGAUUGUAGUUAAAAGAAAUCCUAUGCUGCUCUCAGACCAGUUAAUCAAAAUCAAAAUAAUUUCGUGUC